AGUUUUCAAGUUGUUAUUAUCGCAUUUCAAUUGAAUUUUCCAGUUUCAUUCAGUCAAAUAAAAUAAUUGACUCCUUCCUUUCGUAUAUAUAACAUUGACUCUUUUCCACUUUAAAUUGACAUCUAAUCCAACAUUGAACCAGUUAACUCUACACCCUUUCACUCGUUCAAAGAAAUCCCUACAAAAUGAAAUUCAUCAUAAUAGCAGUUUGUCUUUUCGGAGCUGCCUUUGCAACUUCAAUCGAGCCAACCAAGCACUUUUUAGGAGGAUGGAAAAUACUCCCUGUUGACGAUCCAACUGUUGUUCAGUUAGCUGCUAAAGGUGUUGAGUGCUACAACAAGAAUUCCAACAAUAUUUAUUACAAUAAACUGAUUAAAAUUAAAAAAGCUGCAAGUGAAAUUGUAGCUGGAAUGCUUUAUGAAAUUAAAUUCUUGAUUGGUGCGACUGAUUGUGUUAAAUCUGAACCCGAUGCUUCUUCAUGUAAAGUGUCACCUAAUGCUAUCCCUAAACUAUGUACUUAUCAUUUCUGGAUUAAAUCCUGGUCUGGAUUUGAACAAAUCACCCAAGUAUCUUGCGUACCUGUUUAAUAACCUUACGGACAAAUGACUUCUGAGAUUUAAAAGAAAGAAGAAAUUAAAUGUUUUUUAAUGAAACUUGCUGGUUAACUGUGGUUAACAUGUUUAAUAUCAUCAAUAUUUAUUAAUUAUUUCAUUGGUUUAUUAAAUAAUUUCAUCUAAAA